CGCAGCUGUUACGGAGCUGCCAGUGUGCUCAGGUGCUCAGUCGACGCCAAGGCGCCAGCCACUAGUCAGUUGCCGGCUGCCAGCUGUGUCUCUCGGAGUUGCCUAGUCGAGAGGACGGCAACAGGGUUUUCCACAGCACUGUGGCGAGUUUUUACGGAUGGCCGUGCUCAGGUACCUGACGUUGCUGGUGGCGGUGGUGUCGGUGCUGGUGUGGCUGAAGCUGAACCAGACUCCGGCGGUGCCGCGGCUGGACAGCACCUGGUGGGUGACUCGCCGCCCCGAGAAGGCCGACGGCUCCAUCCGGCCCUUCACCAUCAACAUCUCAGACAGUGUUAUCCGAGACUUGCAUGAACGCCUCAAAUCCACUCCAAAGCUAACGCCACCACUGGAGGGAAUUGGCUUCGAGUACGGCUUCAACUCUAAGUACUUGGAGGAAGUGCUGGAGUUCUGGCGCACCAAGUACGACUGGCGCGAGCGCGAGAAGUUCCUGAACAAGUUCCCGCAGUACAAGACGACGGUGGACGGGCUGGUGCUGCACUUCCUGCGCGUCAAGCCGGCAAACGUGCCGAAGGGUGUGGACAUCGUGCCGCUGUUGCUGCUACACGGCUGGCCGGGCUCCGUGCGGGAGUUCUACUCCGUCAUCCCGCUGCUCACCACGCCGCGAGAGGGGCAGGACUUCGUCUUCGAGGUGGUGGCGCCCUCGCUGCCGGGAUAUGGCUUCUCGCAGGGCGCCCAGAAGCCUGGCCUGGGCGCCGCGCAGGUGGCGGUCGUCAUGAAAGACCUCAUGGAGCGCCUGGGCUUCACAAAGUUCUACGUCCAGGGCGGCGACUGGGGUUCCGUCAUUGGCACUCACAUGGCGACACUCUACCCCGAGAGAGUACUAGGCUACCACUCCAACAUGUGUUUCUCGCAAACAGCGACGAGUACUCUGAAGAGGAUAUUCGGCAGCUUCUGGCCUACGCUCAUCGUCGAAGAACAGUACGUCGAUAAAGUUUAUCCUCUCAGCGAGAAAAUGUUCGCCCACUUGUUGGAGGAGACGGGCUACAUGCACAUUCAGUCAUCCAAACCAGACACCAUCGGCAUCGCUCUGCAGACCUCGCCCGCAGCGUUGGCUGCCUACAUCCUGGAAAAAUUCUCCACGUGGACGAAUCCCAGCUGGAAGUCUCUCCCUGACGGUGGUCUGACGCGCAAGUACACCCUCACUGACCUGCUGGACAACAUCAUGAUCUACUGGGUCACUGGCUCCAUCACCACCUCAGUCCGACUGUACAGCGAGUCCUUCAAUAAGGCACAAUACGCGUUGAACCUUGAGUCCAUUCCAAAUGUGACACCGACAGCGUGCGCGCAGUUCGUGAACGAGAUAAUCUUCACGCCGGAGUCCCUGGUGCGCGACAAGCACGUGAACCUGGUGCGCUACACAGUCCUGCCUCGGGGAGGGCACUUCGCCGCCUUCGAGGAGCCCCAGCUGCUCGCCGACGACGUCUGGGAGUCCAUCAGGGCGAUACGGCAGCGCAGUAGCAGCGGCAGCGGCAGCGGCAGCGGCUGACGCGUCCGCGCGGGGGCGCCACCUCGCCGCACUCGCUGCUCGUUCCAUCAGUUUUCCAGUCUGCGUUCAUUAAUCUCAGUGGAUGCAAUUUUGUAAAUAAUUGAUAUCAAUAAAGAGGCGAAUGUGGUUCGUCAAAUUCUCCAACA